GUUGCCAUUACAUGGCCGAGCUAAUGCUAUCCGUUUGAGCCGUUAUAAGUCACUCAGCCUCCGAGCCGAACGCCGAGAGUUACGGAAAGCAGGGGUAACAGUAACCACUCUGGCUGGUGGAAUAAUUAACCCGAAAGCUCGACAUCUUACUCACCUUCAUCAACGACUGGAGUUAAAGUGCCGGAUAGAACUGCAAUAUGUAGGACAAGCAUCUAAAGAGAGGAAACUCCCACGGCGGAGUUACCGGUAUAUGAGACGAUCCCCCAGCAGCUUCCCCACAAAGCUACAAAACAGUCAGUUCUAACAAUAUUGGCUUGUACGGAACCGGUUGUAUAACUGCGAGAUAUCUCCGCCAUCGGCAUCUUUGGUCUCGCUAUAUAAAGGAGCACAUAUUCCUACUUCAGAGUGUCCUGUACUGUCAGAAACUCGCCAAUUUCGUUGACGCCCACCCAUCACGAUGCCUACAUUCUCACGCCUCGUCCGCUUCCUGGCCCGGGACGGCCGCACCUACUACGGUGACGCUAUCCUUCCACGCGGCGUCACCGAUGUCAGCAAGGCCCGCCAGGCCCGCGUCGUCCAGGGCGACAUCUUUGGGCAGCACAUUGUGACUGACCAGGUGGCCGACAUCCGCAUGCUUCUGGCACCCCUCGCCCCCGAGGACGUGCGGACGGUGCGCUGUCUGGGCCUGAACUACGCCGCCCAUGCAAAGGAGUCCAAGAUGCCCAUCCCGGAGUACCCCGUGGUCUUCUACAAACCCGCGACCUCGCUGACUGGCCCAACCGACCCAAUCCCGAUCCACCCGCUGGCCCAGCAGCACACGGGGCUGGACUACGAGUGCGAGCUCGUCGCCAUCAUCGGCAAGCCCUGCGCCGACGUGGCAGAGUCCGAGGCGCUCGACCACGUGCUGGGCUACGCGGUCGGCAACGACGUGUCGCACCGCGACUGGCAGCUCAAGCUGGGCGGCGGGCAGUGGAGCCUGGGUAAGGGGUUCGACGGGUGGGCGCCGUUCGGGCCAGGCAUCGUGAGCCGCGACCUGAUCCCCAAUCCCCAGCGUCUCGGCAUCCGGACGCGGGUCAAUGGCGAGACGGUGCAGGAGAGCACGACGGCGGAUAUGAUUUUUGGCGUGGCCAAGACGAUUGCGUUUCUGAGUCAGGGGACCACGCUGAUGCCGGGGGAUGUCAUCUUUACAGGGACGCCGCAAGGUGUUGGAAUGGGACGGAACCCGCAGGUGUGGUUGAAGGAUGGGGAUGUGGUCGAAGUUGAAUUGGACAGCGUCGGGACGUGCACGAAUAAGGUUGAGUACAGCCCGGUGAGGGAUGCCAAGCUCUGAGGAUGAAGGGUGAUAUCCUAGGACAGCGGCAGCCUGA